GCUUUUGUUUUUGUUGCGUUUUUUUAUUGCGUUGAUAACUACGGGUUUUUUAGUUUUUUAUAAAGGAUAUAAAUAGAGCGGCUUUCGCAGGCAGGGUGGACAAACAUGAUUAACCGCCCAGCACAGCGCGUGCCAACGAGUGUUUUAUAAGAGCGCGAUUUGGAUUCUGAUUUUGAUUUGCCAUUUCCUUUGCCUCUGCCAAUGCGAUUGUUAUUGUUUUUGUGCCCCUUCGCCCCAUAAAACCGAAAAGGAGAAAACCAAGAGAAGCGUUGCCAAAACGUUGUUAUGUAAAUGCACGAAAGCAGAACGUUGGCACAGGCACCAUCCUCAUCCGGAAUCCACCGCAAUCGACGUGCUCCGCAGCGGGACACGAAGUUUAAGGUCGGAGCGCCCAGCACCCGCACGCAUCACGCGAUUGUGUGAAAGUUUCGCCUGGCUCGAUUGUUUAGCGCUUGUUUACCCAACGCUUAACGAAGUUACUGAGUGUUCCCCUCCUCGUGCAUUGCAGAUAGGAAACCCGGCUCGGAAAUGGCCGCCAAGACGGACGAAUCCUCGCCAGCCGUUUCGUCACGCAAAAGCAGCACUCCCGCUCCCUCCAGCGGACGCCACCAGCUGCGACCCGUGAAGUUCGACUACGCGGACUCAUUUGCCUGCACCUACAUCGUUUCCGUGGUGGCCGCCUCCAUUGCAGAGCUCGCGACCUAUCCCUUGGACCUGACCAAGACGCGUCUCCAGAUCCAGGGCGAAGGAGCCGCCCAUUCAGCGGGAAAGUCCAAUAUGCAAUACCGCGGCAUGGUGGCCACCGCCUUCGGGAUUGCGCGUGAGGAGGGCGCCCUGAAGUUGUGGCAGGGCGUAACGCCGGCGCUCUACCGACACGUCGUCUAUAGCGGUGUGAGGAUCUGCAGCUACGACCUGAUGCGCAAGGAGUUCACACAGAACGGCACCCAGGCUCUGCCGGUUUGGAAGUCGGCGCUGUGCGGCGUCACGGCCGGAGCCGUUGCCCAGUGGCUUGCCUCGCCCGCUGACCUGGUCAAGGUGCAAAUCCAGAUGGAGGGCCGACGACGUCUGAUGGGCGAGCCACCGAGAGUCCACUCGGCUGGCCAUGCCUUCCGCCAGAUCGUGCAGCGUGGCGGAAUUAAGGGUCUGUGGAAGGGCAGCAUCCCGAAUGUGCAGCGAGCGGCGUUGGUCAAUCUGGGCGACCUAACCACAUACGACACCAUCAAGCACCUGAUCAUGGACCGCCUGAAGAUGCCCGACUGCCACACCGUGCACGUGCUGGCCUCCGUUUGCGCCGGAUUCGUGGCAGCGAUCAUGGGCACGCCAGCUGAUGUGGUGAAGACGCGCAUCAUGAACCAGCCCACCGACGAGAAUGGCCGGGGCCUGCUCUAUCGCGGAUCCGUGGACUGCCUGCGACAGACGGUUGCGAAAGAGGGCUUUGUGGCGCUGUACAAAGGCUUCCUGCCCUGCUGGAUACGAAUGGCGCCGUGGUCGCUCACCUUCUGGCUGUCCUUCGAACAGAUCCGCAAGAUGAUCGGAGCCUCCGGCUACUGAGCGGUGGCUCAAUCUAAGUUUAGGUGUAGAUGUACAUACAAGCACAUUUAUAACGCAGUUCGUUCAUGUUACCCCGCCUUUAAGUCGGUCAUAAUCCUAUUUUCGGUGCCUGAAUGAAUGCCCAAAUGUCGGCAGGAUGUUGUGCGGCUCGUGGCCAAGCUUAGCAUAUACUCUGUCCAUUUUAGUCUGUUAUGCCACUCAGAUCUUUCAGGUUUCUUUCUCUUACCCUUUGUUAUUGUUGUUGCCUUAAGAUUAAAAUCAAAACUUACAAUAAAGCGAGAUACUUGUUAAUUCAAA